GCCAAACCGGUCCAUGGGCUUGUUUCGCACUGCGCGGGGAGGGGCAGGAGCCGGCGUUAUGCAAGGGGGAGAUGCGCUGCCGGACUGUGGCGGAGGCUAGGGAGGGUAACGCGGGAUGAGAGAGUCGCUAAAGCAGGGAGCCAGCUGCACAGACCAAAAUGGGUGAUGCUGAAAAAGGCAAGAAGCUCUUUGUUCAGAAAUGCUCUCAGUGCCACACAGUUGAAAAAGGAGGGCCGCACAAGACUGGCCCAAAUCUUUGGGGUCUGUUUGGUCGCAAAACAGGACAAGCUGCAGGAUUCUCUUACUCAGAUUCAAACAAGAACAAAGGUGUUGUGUGGAAUGAAAAUACACUGAUGGAGUAUUUGGAGAACCCUAAGAAAUAUAUUCCUGGAACUAAAAUGAUUUUUGCUGGCAUUAAAAAGAAGAAUGAGAGAGCAGAUGUUAUUGCAUACUUGAAAAAGGCAACUUCUUCAUGA